AUGUGUGGCGUGCCAGACUGGUUUGUGGCCGCGGUGCUGGCGGCCGUCGCCUUGGCGGCUGCGCUGCUAGCGACCCGCCGCUGCGGCAUACCCUCGCCCAUGGGGCCCUGGUACUCAGACAUGAUGAUGCCUGUUCUGCGCACCGGCCGGUUUCCAGACAUGGUGAAACUUCACGCCCAGCACGGCCCGUUGUUUUGGUGGAGUUUCCUUGGGCGCCGGAUGUUGAUGGUUGGGACCCUGGAGGCUGUCACAAGAGUCCAUUUGGGGGAGGGGGUGAUAGUGAGGGCCGACUACCCCACAAGUGUGCGCAAGCUGCUGGGACCCUGGGGCACGCUCAACACCCAUGGCAAAGCACACAUCCGCAUCAAGCGCCUUGCACAGCCCGCUUUCACUCCAAAGGCCAUCCGUGGCUACCUGCCUCGCAUGCAAGCCAUUGCAGAGCAGGCGGUACAGAAGUGGGCAGCAGAGGGCGACAUCCUGGUUCACCAGGAGAUGAAGUGGUUCACGUUCCGCGUCGUUGUUGAGACCAUUGUCGGGUGCGACGAUGGCUGGACCAGCCCCGAGAAUUUCCCUGCAGUCAGUUCGGAUUUUGAGGUCUGGGUGGCAGGCCUGUUCAGGGACCAGAUCGCAGAUACUGUGCUGACCCUGCUUUUUGCCGGCCACGACACCAGCAGCUCCACAUUGACACGCAUCUUUCAGCACCUGCACCGCCACCCCGAGGCGGUGCAGCGCCUGCGACAGGAGCAGGCUGAGGUGGUUGCCAAGCACGGCUCCCCCGUCACCGAGGCGGCUCUGCAAGACAUGAAGUAUGCAGAGGGGGUGGUGCGCGAGACCAUGCGUAUCACUCCAAUCAUCAAUGCCACCCUGCGAGUGGCGUUGCAGGACUUUGAGCUGUGUGGAUACACCAUCAAGAAGGGCACCGCCUUGCAGUGCAGCCUGACGCAGCCAAUCAAGACAGACUCCAGGUGGCAGGAUGAGGAUGAUGUGCAGGCAUUCAAGCCCGAGCGAUGGUUGCAUGGAGCGGCGCAGAAGCAGGGCGCUUGGAUCCCGUUUGGCGGCGGCCAGCGGCUGUGCCUGGGCUGGCUGCUGGCAAUGACGGAAAUGAAGGUGCUGCUGGCAAGUAUCUUCCGAAGGUACGCAUUGGAGCUCCGCCUGCCUGAGGAGCCGUGGGUGGAGUUCCCAAUUGCCAGGCCCAAACACGGAAUGCCUGCCCGCUUUGUCGCGACCAUGGACGCCUCUUAA